CCCAGCCCCCUCCUCUCCCCAAAGCGGAGCCGAGGGGACAGGCGCUGGGGAGGCGGCGGAGCGCUGCGUUUACCGCUUUCUGCGUGUGUUUGGGGAUUCCUCUCCCCCCCCCCCCCCCCCCCCCGACGUCGUGCAUCGGUGAGGACCCCCCCUUCAGCGAGGCGACAUGGCUCCCAUCGGGCUGAAGGCUGUGGUCGGAGAAAAAAUUAUGCACGAUGUGAUCCGGAAGGUGAAGAAGAAGGGAGAAUGGAAGGUGCUGGUGGUGGACCAGCUCAGCAUGCGCAUGCUGUCCUCCUGCUGCAAAAUGACCGACAUCAUGACGGAGGGCAUCACAAUUGUGGAGGACAUCAACAAGCGCCGGGAGCCGCUGCCCAGCCUGGAGGCUGUCUAUCUUAUCACACCCUCUGAGAAGUCUGUCCACUCCCUCAUCAGUGACUUCAAGGACCCCCCCACCUCCAAGUACAGAGCAGCCCACGUCUUCUUCACCGACUCCUGCCCCGAUGCCCUGUUCAAUGAGCUGGUGAAGUCCCGUGCUGCCAAGGUCAUCAAGACCCUGACCGAGAUCAACAUUGCCUUCCUGCCCUCUGAGUCCCAGGUUUACUCCCUGGAUUCAGCAGACUCCUUCCAAAGCUUCUACAGUCCUCACAAGGCGCAGAUGAAGAACCCCAUCCUGGAGAGGCUGGCGGAGCAGAUUGCCACUCUGUGUGCCACACUGAAGGAGUACCCAGCCGUGCGGUACCGUGGGGACUACAAGGACAACGCCAUGCUGGCGCAGCUCAUCCAGGACAAGCUGGAUGCCUACAAGGCUGAUGACCCCACUAUGGGUGAGGGUCCGGACAAGGCUCGCUCCCAGCUCCUCAUCCUGGAUCGUGGCUUCGACCCCGCGUCCCCAGUGCUACACGAGCUGACCUUUCAGGCUAUGAGCUAUGACUUGCUGCCCAUCGAGAACGAUGUCUACAAAUAUGAGACAAGUGGCAUCGGGGAGGCGCGGGUGAAGGAGGUUCUCCUGGAUGAGGAUGAUGACCUCUGGGUCUCCCUGCGCCACAAGCACAUCGCCGAGGUGUCCCAGGAAGUGACCCGGUCCCUGAAGGAGUUCUCAUCAAGCAAGAGGAUGAACACAGGCGAUAAGACCACCAUGAGGGACCUGUCCCAGAUGCUGAAGAAGAUGCCACAGUACCAGAAGGAGCUCAGCAAGUACUCCACUCACCUGCACCUGGCUGAGGACUGCAUGAAGCACUACCAGGGCACGGUGGACAAGCUGUGCCGAGUGGAACAGGACCUGGCCAUGGGCACCGAUGCUGAAGGCGAGAAGAUCAAAGAUCCCAUGAGGGCCAUUGUCCCCAUCCUGCUGGAUGGGAACGUCAGCACCUAUGACAAGAUCCGCAUCAUCCUGCUCUACAUCUUCCUGAAGAAUGGUAUCACCGAGGAGAACCUGAACAAGCUGAUCCAGCACGCCCAGAUCCCGGCUGAAGACAGCGAGAUCAUCACCAACAUGGCCCACCUCGGGGUGCCCAUCAUCACAGACUCCACCCUGCGACGCCGGAGCAAGCCAGAGAGGAAGGAGCGGAUCAGCGAGCAGACUUACCAGCUGUCCCGGUGGACCCCUGUCAUUAAGGACAUCAUGGAGGAUGCCAUCGAGGACAAGCUGGACACCAAGCACUACCCGUACAUCUCCACCCGCUCCUCUGCCUCCUUCAGCACCACGGCUGUCAGUGCUCGCUACGGCCACUGGCACAAGAACAAGGCCCCCGGCGAGUACCGCAGCGGCCCCCGCCUCAUCAUCUUCAUCCUGGGGGGGGUGAGCAUGAACGAGAUGCGCUGCGCCUAUGAGGUGACGCAAGCCAGCGGCAAGUGGGAGGUGCUAAUAGGUUCUACUCACAUUCUCACUCCCACCAAAUUUCUCAUGGACCUGAGGCACCCCGACUUCAGGGACUCCACUAGGGUCUCAUUUGAGGAUCAGGCUCCAGCAAUGGAGUGAGCCCAAGCAACCAAGGUCCACGCACAUCCUCACCCCACAGAAGCUGCUGGACACGCUGAAGAAGCUCAAUAAAACAGAAGAGGAGAGCAGCAGUUAAAAGAAAAUGCCGCCAGACCCCUCCCCAACCCCGAUGCCGACUGUACCCCCAAUGGGCACCGGCCUGGGGCACCCCCCCGUCCCAUCCCUGUCCCCAUCCCGGCCCGGCCGAGCUUUCUCUUGUUGUGUUGAGCCCCUCUUCCCCCCCCUCCCACCCCCACCCCUCCAAAC